UAUGAGACAGACUUCAUAUGGAGAAUCAUCAUAGGUCAAUUUACUAUUGCACUAUACGCUUUUUGUUAGACGAGAACAAUAUUUUGAGAACUGGAUCAUUUUGGUUAAGUACUUAUUGGGUCACUAUCUGAAGAAACUGGUUGAAUUUUGUGAACCCGACUGAGUCUCCGAAAAACAGGGGUCUAACCACCUCUUGAUCACACAGGCAAAGCGGGCGUUCGCAUUUUAGACACCAGGAACCAGAGGUGAUUAGCAAUUAAUGGAAAAAUAGCCAAGUACCAGUUACAAUAUAUUGAGUCUAUACACAGAGUUGGAAGUGUAUAAAAAUAUUGGAAUUCUGAAUCUAGCGUCAUAGCUGUGAGAAUACAAAUUACAGGAAAGUGACCAAGGAGCUGAGCAUUUAAGAGUUCCCUCCCUGCCCUGCUCUCCAAGGCCUGCCCUCCCUGCCCUCCAAGGCCUGCCCUCCCUGCCCUGCUCUCCAAGGCCUGCCCUCCAAGGCCUGCCCUCCCUGCCCUGCUCUCCAAGGCCUGCCCUCCCUGCCCUGCUCUCCAAGGCCUGCCCUCCCUGCCCUCCAAGGCCUGCCCUCCCUGCCCUGCUCUCCAAGGCCUGCCCUCCCUGCCCUGCUCUCCAAGGCCUGCCCUCCCUGCCCUGCUCUCCAAGGCCUGCCCUCCCUGCCCUGCUCUCCAAGGCCUGCCCUCCCUGCCCUCCAAGGCCUGCCCUCCCUGCCCUGCUCUCCAAGGCCUGCCCUCCCUGCCCUGCUCUCCAAGGCCUGCUCUCCCUGCCCUGCUCUCCAAGGCCUGCCCUCCCUGCCCUGCUCUCCAAGGCCUGCCCUCCCUGCCCUGCCCUCCAAGGCCUGCCCUCCUAAUAUGAUCUUAUUAGAGAAGCUGGGGCAGCAGUUGGGUCAUCCCACCCGGUCAGUGUAUGGUUGGCUGAUCACUAAGUUCCUGAAGAAUCACAACAAGAUGUUAGAGGAGAGUGCGGUGUCUCUGUCUGGGAUCCAGCCUGGAGAUACAGUGUUAGAGCUGGGCCACGGGCCAGGGCUGGGCCUGAAGGCUGCAGCCACACUGCUGACAGAACCUACUGGGAGACUCAUAGGAGUGGACUACUCACAAUACAUGCACAAGAUGGCAGGUGAUCUUCUGAAAGAGUUGGUGUCCAAUGGGAAGGUGUCUCUGUAUCAGUGUGAUGUGGCAGCCAUGCCUCUAGCAGACAAUAUGGUAGACAAGGUGUUCCACUGUAAUUGUUACUACUACUGGCCAGACCUGAGGAAGGGAGCUGCAGAGAUACACAGAGUCAUGAAACCAGGAGGUGUGAUGGUGACCACUCUGAGACUGAGCAGAGUGGUCAGCUUUGCGUCCAGGAGGGAGUUCCCUGGACAGAACUGGCAACCCGAGGCCUACAUGGCAGCUCUGAGAGCCUCUGGGUUUAACCAGGUCACAAUGGAGGAUCAUCAACACAGACACAUCACCUACCAGGCCAUUUACGCUACUGCUGAUAAGUGAUGAACACACACGCCAUCAUUUGUCAUUCAGGAAUCGAGGAUCACUUACUUUUUUUAAAUAAAUAGCUGUGGAUUGUUUCAAAUCACAAGCUCGUUGGCCUCUGCCUGUUAGGGCAGCGUGGCAAUAUGCCAAGCUGAUUACUGAGUUGCGAAAAACAUCUAAAAUAUGUGAAGAUAAUGUGUCUUGAGUAAAAUAAAAAAUGUUGACAUAGGAGAGUCUCUCUCUCCAGAAUGGCUCAGUGGGGCAGGGGUGUGUGGUGAAGAUAUAGGAGAGUCUCUCUCUCCAGAAUGGCUCAGUAGGGCAGGGGUGUGUGGUGAAGAUAUAGGAGAGUCUCUCUCUCCAGAAUGGCUCAGUGGGGAAGGGGUGUGUGGUGAAGAUAUAGGAGAGUCUCUCUCUCCAGAAUGGCUCAGUAGGGCAGGGGUGUGUGGUGAAGAUAUUGAAGAGUCUCUCUCCAGACUGGCUCAGUGGGGCAGGGGUGUGUGGUGAAGAUAUAGGAGAGUCUCUCUCUCUCCAGAAUGGCUCAGUAGGGCAGGGGUGUGUGGUGAAGAUAUAGGAGAGUCUCUCUCUCCAGAAUGGCUCAGUAGGGCAGGGGUGUGUGGUGAAGAUAUAGGAGAGUCUCUCUCUCCAGAAUGGCUCAGUAGGGCAGGGGUGUGUGGUGAAGAUAUAGGAGAGUCUCUCUCUCCAGAAUGGCUCAGUAGGGCAGGGGUGUGUGGUGAAGAUAUAGGAGAGUCUCUCUCUCCAGAAUGGCUCAGUAGGGCAGGGGUGUGUGGUGAAGAUAUAGGAGAGUCUCUCUCUCCAGAAUGGCUCAGUAGGGCAGGGGUGUGUGGUGAAGAUAUAGGAGAGUCUCUCUCUCCAGAAUGGCUCAGUAGGGCAGGGGUGUGUGGUGAAGAUAUAGGAGAGUCUCUCUCUCCAGAAUGGCUCAGUAGGGCAGGGGUGUGUGGUGAAGAUAUAGGAGAGUCUCUCUCUCCAGACUGGCUCAGUAGGGCAGGGGUGUGUG